CCCAGGGUUCCCUCUGUGUGGUUGUCUGUCUUCCUGCUUUUCUGCUUUUAGUCUGACUGCAGUGAUUAUUCCCCCAUAAACGGCCACUCACAAAGGCCUUGGCCAUGCCUCCCCUCCCUUUCUUUCUGACACUGCUACAGCUAGCAGUACUCAUUUGUGUUACUGCUGGAGCAUACUAUGGACACAAGCAACACCCUGGGCAAUACCAGCCAGUGCAACACAUCAACACAUGGGCAAAGAAGGCUUUCCCCAACAACAGUACCUCGGCAAAGAGGGACCCUAUAUGCAGUAUCCCCACUACAGGAAGGAAAUUCCCCAGAUGCCCAUGCACAAGGGCAAAGACAAUGCUCGUAAAGGAGGCGGCUAUAAUGGGGGCCAAGACAAAGGUCAGACAAUCCCUAGUGGCGCUGAGGGAAUUCCCCAAGGAGACACUGGCCCAGUCGGGCCACCUGGACCUGAGGGACCUGCUGGACCUCCUGGUCCUCCAGGGAAUGGACAGCCCGGACCCGAGGGACGACCAGGACCACUAGGUCCACCAGGGGGGCCUGGAAUUGGAAAACCAGGUUUGCCAGGACUUGCAGGCAAGCCAGGAGGAAAUGGUGAGCCUGGACCACAUGGAGAAAUGGGCCCAAGGGGUGAGGAAGGGCCAGCUGGGCAGCCAGGGCCUCAGGGUCCUCCAGGACCUCCUGGGCUCCCAGGAAUAGGUAAACCAGGGGGACAGGGAUUACCAGGCCAACCAGGGCUUAAGGGGGAGCCAGGUCACAAAGGUUUGCCAGGACUACCAGGAUUACCAGGACCUAAAGGAGACAAAGGGUUGGGCCAGCCAGGACAACCUGGUCACAAAGGGCUCCCAGGGCCCCAAGGACCUGGUGGCCCAAGAGGGCUGCCUGGUUUUGGAAAACCUGGUUUGAAUGGGGCACCAGGGCCUCUUGGAUCACCAGGAGAUAAAGGACAUCCUGGGGAGCUAGGGCCAGCUGGGCCACCUGGUGAAGGAGGGCAGCCUGGCCCACCAGGUUUACCGGGUCAGGGAAAACCAGGUCAAAAUGGCUUAGUAGGGCAGCCAGGUAUGCCAGGUGGAAAAGGUCAUCCAGGACCACCAGGUUUGCCAGGAAAGCCAGGACUUCCUGGAUUUGGUAAACCAGGCCUCCCAGGACCAAAAGGUGACAAAGGUAUGGGUGGGCAACCUGGACCUACUGGACCGAAAGGAGAUAAAGGCCAUGGUGGACUGCCUGGUAUGCUUGGAUCUCCUGGACCAAAUGGUCAACCAGGUCUUCCUGGCCCUAUGGGAACCCCAGGUGGUUUAGGUGCACCUGGUCCUAAAGGUGAUUGUGGAGAAGUAGGACCCAAAGGCAUUGGAGGGUUCCAGGGUAUCCCUGGUGCCUCUGGGAUUCCUGGUAAGGAUGGUCUACCUGGAGAUCGUGGAGAGCCAGGACCAAGAGGUUCACCAGGACCAAGUGGAGGGAAAGGAGAUGGUGGCCAUAAAGGUCUACCUGGUACCCCCGGAUCUACAGGACCACCUGGGCCAAAAGGACAAGGUGGAUUACCUGGUGAUGUAGGACCUCAAGGUCCUAAAGGAAUCCCAGGAAUGGAUGGCACAGCAGGUCCAAUUGGGCCUUCUGGUCUCAAAGGUCCAAAAGGAGAUAGCGGUGUACCUGGUCAACCAGGCACUGCAGGCGAGGGAAACCCAGGUGUUCCUGGUCCCAUAGGACCCCAAGGGAAAGAGGGCCCAUCAGGACCCCCUGGACAACCAGGUCAACCUGGCCUCCCUGGACCACCAGGCCCAGCUGGUGCAUCUGGUCUGUCUCCUGAGAUGGCUGGAGUGCUCUCUCAAAUGGGCCCUGGACUAGAUGGUGUUAAGACUGGUGGCUAUGGGAAGAAGGGCAAAUAUGGAGGCGACGGGGCUGAAGUAAUAGGGGCCAGUGGGCUGGAAAUGCCAGCGUUCACAGCUCUUAUAACAACUCCCUUUCCACCUGUUGGCACUCCAGUCGUCUUUGACAAGCUUUUGUACAAUGGUCGCCAAAACUACAACCCCGAGACAGGAAUCUUCACCUGUGACAUGCCCGGCAUUUAUUACUUUGCCUACCACGUUCAUUGCAAAGGAGCUAAUGUCUGGGUGGCUUUGAUGAGGAACAAUGAACCAGUGAUGUAUACAUAUGAUGAAUACAAAAAGGCUUUCUUAGAUCAAGCAUCAGGGAGUGCAGUACUACCUCUACAACCGGGGGACACUGUGUAUAUUCAGAUGCCCUCAGAUCAGGCCUCAGGACUUUAUGCUGGACAGUAUGUGCACUCCUCGUUUUCUGGAUAUUUGUUAUAUCCAAUGUGAAACCAAACUACAUGGAUAGAGGUGCUUCUGUGAGACCAAAGUGGGAACCUGUUUUGUAUAAUAUAAACAUUAUUAUAAACCACCAAAGAUUUAGCAGUCUUAUAUAAUGGUAAGUCAACUAAAUAUUGACCUCAACAGCAGAGAUGAGAGGAAAAAUCAAAAGUCUGAAGGUUUGUAUGUGCAGCAGCUGUUAUACUUUAGCCUUAUAGCAACAUCAUUUGGAGAGCUACGAUUCUUUCUUUUACAGCUUUGAAGAUAUAAUAGAAUGUAUAAAAAGACAUUGAAAGAACAGACAAAAAAACUAUUAGCAUUUUGUACAAACACAUGAAGGGUAUGAAGGGUACAAGUGUAUGCAAAAUAAAACAAAACAAACCAAUUCUAGAUACACAAAGCCCUAUUUUGUUCCUGCGACUCUUCAAAACUGGCAGCUACCCAUUGUGGUGAAGAAUGUGAAAAAUAGUUCAAAACAUGAUGGCUUACUCAUUGCAGUACAACACUUAAAGCGUGCAUGCAUUCAAUUAUAUAAAUCAAUAAAUGUCUCUAAUGAUAAUUGCAUGCAUCUCAAAUGACUAUUUAAAAACGGAAAAUAGUGUGUAUUAUUGUAUACACACUAAUUCAGAUUGUUCACGGACCAAUCUCUUAAUCCCCAAUGUGGAUUAGCUAAAAAUACUUACAUUAGCAAAUUACAAUGUGGCAGUAACCUAAAUGACUUGUGUAAUCCUUAGCAUAAUAGGGUCAACUGGUAUUGGUGGUGAAUAAUUAUAUGGCAAUACAUUUACUUUUGUAUGAGCACAGAAAAUUAGGGAGUCAAAAAAAAACAAAAAAAGAUCACACCCAUGAUAUAUGUGGCUGACAAUUGCUCCCAGGAGUGAGAUUCAAUAGGUAAGAAUGUAAUAUUAACUCUAUGUUUUAGUGUUUACGUACAGGUUUAUGGGUGUAAAGAAACAAUUCUUAUGUGCAAAAGGUCAAACAAACAUACCAUAUUGCCCUGACUUAUGAAAACCACUCCAUACACUAUUUUAAACAUGACACUGCAAAAGACAGAAAGGGUCCCGCUACAGUAUACAGCUUCUCUGUGUCAUCCGGUAAGCGCCGUGAUCAAAUAACUCUGCAUCUAGGUUUAUUUCAGAGCGAAAUCAUUUUAGGAAAGAAUUCAAAUGAAAUGUAUUCUUACUUACUCUUUUUAAUUUAAAAUUCAACUGAUUGUAUUUUGUUACUGUUUUGUAAGGUUAAUCCAUGUUUAGUUGUAAUGGCAGUAUAAAUAUUCAUAAAGCAUAUCUUAUUUGGAAAACUAUGGAUUAUGGAGACACUUUAACAGUGGGACCAGGUUCUCUUGCCUCUCUGACACGAUUUGUUUUUGUGAGGAAAACAAAUUCCCACAGCAUCCUUGGUGAGCUUCAUUUGGUUCACCUUGCUGCCAGGUUUAAAGACAAUACAAAAUACAUUUUUAUCGCAAUUAACUCAAAGCAAGCAUUGAAUGUUGCAGCAAUUCAUAAGAAUGAUUAUGUCAAUAAUUUAUUAUUUUAUCUGCCGACCCCUUGCAUGCUAUGACAAGGACAAAAAGCAUGACGCAUUUAAAGGAAAACAAAAUGUAUAUUUAUCCUUUUAUCAUGGUGCUAAUAUUGUCGUUGUAACCAAAGAUUUAAUGUCUUACUUUUUCAUUUUUGUUA